AUGGGGAUGCUGAAGACUUCUGGGCAGGGAACAGGUCCUCCCCCUGCGCCUCCGCCCCCAUCUCCUCGUUCCGCUCGGCAUCGCCGCCGCUGGAGCAUCCUGCUGUCCCUCCCCAGCGCGCCACUGAGGAAACCUCUCACUUUUCAUGCAGACCUCUUCCAGGACUUGAGCCAGUUCCAGGAGACUUGGCUGACAGAAGCUCAGGUUCCAGACAGUGAUGAGCAAUUUGUGCCUGACUUUCAUUCAGAAAACUUAGCUUUUCACAGUCCUCCUGCUAAGAUUAAAAAGGAGCCGCAGAGUCCCUCCUCGGACCCCAUACUGUCUUGCAACCAUAAGCAGCCAUUCCAGUACCGCAAUGGCGAGCAGUGCCUUUACACCAGUGCCUAUGAUCAACCCAGACAAAUUGGAAUCAAGUCUCCCAACCCAGGAACCCCAAUACAGUCACCACUCCAACAGUUCCCUAGACAGGACAGGAGCUUCCUGACCCCUGUGGGGCCAUCCCACCCCACUUCCAGCUGUGGAUACCUCAAGGAAAACAGCUCUGCAUACCAGCCACCUGUGGAGAUGUGCUGUUCCUUCUCCUCUUCCCAGGGCAUGGCCCAGGAAGACCCCAUUGCCUACCAGUGCCAGACGUCCAAGUUCUGCCUCCGGUACCCUCAUCAGGGCUUCAAACAGGAGUACCACGACCCACGCUAUGAGCAAGGAAGCCAGGUGGGCAGCAGCCAUCAGUACCCAGCAGCUGUUGUGAUCAAGCAGGAGCAGGUGGACUAUGUGUAUGACUCAGAUGUUCCUGGCUGUCCUUCCAUGUACAUAAAUGUUGAGAGUUAUCCGAGCCAUUCAAAUACAGAAGAUACAUUAGGCUGCAGUUAUGACAAGCAGAUGAAGACCUUUACUGAGGAUGUCUGUGUUGUUCCAGAAAAAUUUGAAGGAGACAUCAAGCAGGAAACUGGAGGAUACCGGGAAGGACCUCCAUACCAGAGACGGGGAUCUCUCCAGCUCUGGCAAUUUCUUGUAGCUUUAUUGGAUGAUCCGACCAAUUCCCACUUCAUUGCCUGGACUGGUAGAGGGAUGGAGUUCAAGCUCAUUGAGCCAGAAGAGGUAGCCAGGCUGUGGGGUAUCCAAAAGAACCGUCCAGCUAUGAACUAUGACAAGCUGAGCCGAUCCCUUCGCUACUAUUAUGAGAAAGGCAUCAUGCAGAAGGUGGCUGGAGAGCGCUACGUGUACAAGUUUGUGUGUGAGCCUGAAGCCUUGUUCUCUCUGGCCUUUCCUGAUAAUCAGCGGCCAAAUCUGAAGGCAGAGUUUGACCGGCAGAUCAGUGAGGAGGACACAGUGCCUCUUUCUCACCUGGAUGAGAAUGCUACCUAUCUGCCAGACCUUGGGAGCCUCCCUCCACAGCUUUACAGCAAAGGCUACACAUACUAG